AUGUCAGAAGCUUCAAUUCAUUCUCUUUUAGAGAUGGGAAUUACUCGUGAAGUGGCAAUCGAAGCAUUGGCCAAGACAAACGGGAACGUCGAGGCUUCCGUCAAUUACAUCUUCUCAGGAGAGCUACCACAGCAGCAGGACUCUCAAAUGGACACAGUAGAGCUUCGAAACUACCCUCAAGCGGAAGAAUUCGUGGAAAACGCAAGGCCGUCCACGGAAAACUCGAGUCCCUCAGAGGCUGGAUCCAACCACUGGCCCGAUCCUGCUCCAGGUUACGACGAUCACCAUUUGGUACAGAACAUCAAAAAUGAUCUGCAAGAUCCGCUUGUCGUCCAAAUGGGUACCAGUAACUCAAUCAUGGAGAAUUAUUUUGCUCUUUUCGCUCUUGCAGUGGGCUAUGGAUUCCCUCACAGGUUCUUGAAGCCGGAUUUCAAGGAUUUAGCUUACAACAAGGAAUGGUGCGAAGGACAGGCACUGAGACCAAGAUUCAGACUCAAGUUUGAAUCUAACGAAACGGCAGCGAUAGUCCCACAAGAAGAGCUCACCGGCCAGGAUAGCCUGGUUUUGCAACCAGAACUAUUGUGGCAGUUCCAAAAACUACUUGCUAUUCAAAACACAACGACCAGUCGAAGGAAAUUUGUAAGUUCGAAAAUCUUCACCAAGGUCUUGGAGCCGCAAGUGAUAGAUAAAUUGAAUCAAUGCGAACAUUUACACGACGCACUACCUUCUUUUAUCAAAAAUCUUUCCAAUGAUGCAGAAAUGUGCCCCGGAAUGUCAUCUGUAAAAGAUCUUCUCAUUUCAACUGCUUACUACAAACCCCCCUCGGAAACAGACAUGGUAGAGACCCUGGUUUCGCUAUUACACUUCAUGCCUGAAGAAUACGAAUCAAACCUAUACAAAAUGUUCAACGCGCUUUUAUUCCCCGAGGAGGACUCCGGUUCCGACUCCGAGGACAGCCAAAACUCCCUGGGCAACCUAGCACCCUUAAUCACUAUUGUUUUCGAUGAGAUGGAUGAAAGCACGGAUAGCCCAGAUCUCGCCAAUGGGGUAGAAGUUCCACUCGAAUUCUACCCCCAAAUUUAUACGGAAAAGGCCAAGAAACUUCUUAUCAACGAAGUACUGGUGAAAUCUCGCGAGCUUCAAGGGGAGGCCCACAAGGCCUUGCGUACUUUGAGUGAUUUGAAAAGCUACCAGGGAAAGCAGAUCCACUCUUUCCUAAACAGCACACUUGACUUCAUCUCUAAGGACUCGAGAUUGAACCAGCAGCUGCCAGAAAUCUCAGUUCUAACAACCACUCUAGAACAACUCAAAGAAGAUCUAAGCGUCCGUAAGAGCAGCUGCAUGAACGAGUAUAAAAACUUGACGCACAAGAUCAAUAAUGACUAUAACUUGUCACAUCCAGAACUGGGCAUUAUAGAAGCAGCCAAGGCUCUUGGAAUUGUUGACGAGCCAUACAUUUUAACGUCUGCAGUAUUAUCUCCUGCUAACUAUUUUCUAAGGCAAAGAAAUGGGCAAUGGCACCACGUUUUGACAAGAAGUAUCACCGGUGAUGUGGACGUUGUUCCAGUAACCCCCAAAGAUGUCAUUUACACGAUUCGUUUACAUACGCGAGCAUCCUCGGAGACGCCGCUCAUGUUUACUUAUUUCAAAGAGAGCGCUAUUGAGAGCAGUGAGAUAAUACAGGAAACUUUACAGAAAAACACAGGGUGUACAAAUUUUGCUUUGAAGGAUCGACAAGCUCUCGAAGAGUCGACAGGGGUUUCCAAUCAUGAAGACCUGAUCGACUUUUGA